CACAAGAAGCGGCAAAGACAACGCAACGAAUCCUGCGCGCAGGUCGUCGAAUACUGGCGCAUUUAAAAAUACAUUCCUGCCGUUCAGUCGCUGCAGAGUACGUCGUUGGGGUGGUUGAGUGCGAUUCGUGUACACAUCGGGACCGGCUUACUUAAUAAACCACCCAAACACAAUAAAACUUUUAUAAAAAAAUUGAAAAACUUCAUAAGGCAAAAUGCUGGUCCGCUUGGUGACUACAAGAGGCUUCCUAAGAUCAAGCAGCAACAUCAGAUGGUCCCAGAACAAUGGAUACUCAACCAAAAUCGAAUACAAACCCAUCCGUAGCGUUUUAGUGGCCAACAGAGGUGAAAUCGCCGUCAGAGUUUUCCGUGCCUGCAACGAAUUGGGAAUCAAAUCCGUUGCCAUUUACUCCAAAGAAGACAGAGCUCACAUUCACAGAUUGAAGGCAGACGAAUCUUACUUGGUCGGCGAAGGAAAACCGCCAGUACAAGCCUAUUUGGACAUUCCGGAGAUUAUUUCGAUUUGUAAGAACCAUGGAAUCGAUGCCGUGCAUCCGGGUUACGGUUUCUUGUCCGAAAGAGCUGACUUCGCUCAGGCUGUUAUCGAUGCCGGAAUCAGAUUCAUCGGCCCAUCUCCCAGAGUUGUACACCAGAUGGGUGACAAGGUCGCCGCUAGGGAGGCAGCUAUCGCCGCAGGCGUUCCAAUUGUGCCUGGAACAGAUGGACCGGUCACAACAAAAGAGGAAGCCAAAGAGUUCUGCGUCAAGCAUGGUUUGCCGGUGAUCUUCAAGGCUGCAUACGGAGGCGGUGGAAGAGGAAUGAGAGUCGUGCGCAACAUGAGCGAAGUAGAAGAAAGUUUCCAGAGAGCUUCAUCCGAAGCUCUGAGUGCUUUCGGAAACGGAGCCAUGUUCAUUGAAAAGUUCAUCGAAAGACCGAGACACAUCGAAGUACAACUGUUGGGUGACAAGGCCGGAAACGUUGUCCAUUUGUGGGAAAGAGACUGUUCGGUGCAGAGAAGACAUCAGAAAGUUGUGGAAAUGGCUCCAGCUCCACAUCUGGACCCGAAAGUCAGGAACCAAAUGACUGACUUGGCUGUCAAAUUGGCCAAACACGUGGGCUACGAAAAUGCUGGUACUGUUGAAUUCUUGUGCGACGAAAAGGGCAACUUCUAUUUCAUUGAAGUCAACGCCAGACUGCAAGUAGAACACACAGUCACAGAAGAAAUCACCGGCAUCGACUUGGUGCAAUCUCAAAUUCGUGUUGCUGAAGGCAUGACUUUACCAGAGUUGGGAAUCAGUCAGGAACAAAUCACACCACAAGGUUUCGCCAUUCAAUGUCGUGUGACAACAGAAGAUCCAGCCAAAAACUUCCAACCCGACACAGGAAGAAUUGAAGUGUUCAGAUCUGGUGAAGGUAUGGGCAUCCGUCUUGACGGUGCUUCCGCCUUCGCAGGCGCCAUUAUUUCGCCAUACUACGAUUCGUUACUAGUCAAAGUCAUCGCCCAUUCCAAAGAUCUGCAAUCCGCUUGCGCCAAAAUGAACCGUGCUCUUAGGGAAUUCAGAGUUCGUGGCGUGAAAACCAACGUGCCAUUCUUGUUAAACGUGUUGGAGAACCAAAAGUUCUUGAAUGGUUCCGUUGACACUUACUUUAUCGACGAGAAUCCCCAAUUGUUUAACUUCCAUCCAACAAAGAAUAGAGCUCAGAAGUUGUUAAACUAUUUGGCGGAAGUUCUGGUUAACGGACCACAAACUCCUUUGGCCACUAAACUGAAGCCUUCCGAAAUUAAACCAGCUGUUCCCGCCGCUUCAACAGAGUAUUUGGCAUACACCCCCGAACAGAAUCCAUCCGUCCAACCACCAAGGGGAUUCCGCCAAAUCUACAAAGAACAAGGACCCGAAGCCUUCGCCAAGGCAGUUAGAAACCACAAAGGUCUCCUGCUUAUGGAUACCACCUACAGAGAUGCCCAUCAGUCUCUUCUCGCCACCAGAGUCCGUACUCACGAUCUCCUCAAAAUCUCUCCCUUCGUAACACACAAUUUCAGCCAACUGUACUCCUUGGAGAACUGGGGAGGUGCCACCUUUGAUGUUGCCCUCAGAUUCUUGCACGAAUGUCCUUGGGAACGUUUGGAAGAAAUGAGGAAACUCAUUCCCAACAUUCCCUUCCAAAUGUUGCUCAGAGGAGCUAAUGCCGUUGGUUACACUAACUACCCAGACAAUGUUGUAUAUGAAUUCUGUAACAUGGCGGUGAAAACUGGUAUGGACGUGUUCAGAGUAUUCGACUCCUUAAAUUACCUUCCCAACUUGAUUGUUGGUAUGGAUGCAGCAGGCAAAGCAGGAGGUAUUGUUGAAGCUGCCAUUUCUUACUCCGGAGAUGUAAGUGAUCCAAACAAAAAGAAAUACGACCUCAAAUACUACGUUAACUUGGCUGAUGAACUCGUGAAAGCCGGAACUCACGUUUUGGCCAUCAAAGAUAUGGCUGGACUUCUUAAACCUAAAGCUGCCAAAUUAUUGGUGACAGCCAUCAGAGACAAACACCCCGAUAUUCCAAUCCAUAUCCACACUCACGACACAAGCGGAGCUGGUGUAGCUUCAAUGUUGGCUUGUGCUGAAGCUGGAGCUGAUGUUGUGGAUGUAGCGGUUGAUUCCAUGUCCGGUUUGACCAGUCAACCUAGUAUGGGUGCUGUUGUGGCCAGUUUGCAAGGUACCCCGUUGGAUACAAAGUUCAAUCUGUCACAAAUUUCCGAAUACUCGGCCUAUUGGGAACAAACCAGAACUCUGUAUGCUCCAUUCGAAUGUACGACAACGAUGAAGAGCGGAAACGCCGACGUUUACAAUAACGAGAUUCCCGGCGGUCAAUACACCAACUUGCAGUUCCAAGCUUAUUCUCUCGGUCUCGGAGAUUUCUUCGAGGAUGUUAAGAAGGCUUAUGCGGAAGCCAAUGUUCUUUUGGGCGACAUCAUUAAGGUAACCCCAUCGUCUAAAGUCGUUGGAGACCUGGCUCAGUUUAUGGUGCAAAACAAACUGAAGACACAAGACGUCUUGGACAAGUGCGAGGAACUGUCCUUCCCUAAGUCAGUGGUUGAAUUCUUGCAAGGUCACAUUGGUCAACCCUACGGAGGCUUCCCAGAACCACUCAGAUCCAAGAUUUUGAGAGACAUGCCCAGAAUUGAAGGCAGACCAGGUGAAAGUAUGGCUCCAUUCGACUUUAAAGCUUUGAAGGAAGAAAUCACUGAAGUUUUCCCGAAUGCAAACGACAGAGAUGUUAUGUCGGCUGCUCUGUAUCCACAAGUCACUAAGGACUACUUGAACUUCAGAGAAAAGUAUGGACCGGUAGACAAGUUGGACACCAGAAUUUUCCUCACAGGACCUAAGGUUGGCGAAGAAUUCGAAGUUACCAUUGAACAAGGAAAGACUUUGGGAGUCAAGACUUUGGCCAUGGCUGAAGAUUUGACCGAAAACGGUGAGAGGGAGGUAUUCUUCGAGUUGAACGGAACGCUUAGAUCUGUAAUGAUCAGAGACAAAGAUGCUGGUAAAGAAAUUCACGUUCAUCCUAAGGCUGACAAAACCAACAAGAGUCAAGUUGGUGCCCCAAUGCCUGGAACGGUUAUCGAUAUCCGUGUGAAAGUUGGAGAUAAAAUCGAAAAAGGAACUGCUCUGGUCAUUCUCUCCGCCAUGAAAAUGGAAACUAUUGUACAAAGUCCAGUAGCUGGUGUUAUUAAGACCAUUGAUGUUAAUAUGGGAAUGAAGAUUGAAGCUGAAGAUCUACUCAUCACUGUUGAAUAGAUGAUCAUGUCUUAAACUUGGUUCCAAACAUUUCCGAUUUUGUUUAGGCUGUGUUUUAGAUGAUCAUUGAAUGACUAUUAUUUUGUUAGUUACAUAACAAGAGAUCAUGCUGUACAUAUUACAUGUAUAUAACGUUGCGUUUACUAUUUUUAUUAUAUUUUUUAUAAUUCUUUAAUUGUUAAAUUUUAUGGCAAUCCUUUGUUGAAUUGGUUUAUUGUUCCAUUUUACAUUUUAAAAUAUAUUUUUUUGUAUA